CUGGCGCCAGUUUUCAGACCUAUGGGUAGCUCGGCAUAUCUCUGCGACGUAUCUUUGUGAGCGAAGUGUUUUGUGAGGUCAUGGAAAGUGAUGCGAAAAGGAUGCGUGUGGCAGGAACGCUGUGCGGGCAAUUUUUGAGAAAUACUGUGUAAGGUUUGAAAUCAAGAAUACGUGAAUUUGAAGACACAUGACCACAUUUCGUUUUAGUCCGGACAAGACUUCGUAAUUUAAUUUUCCCCCCCUUCACACAUCCCAGUUUCAAAUGUUCCGUAAGUUGCACAUGCUAUAAUCAGUGAAGUAGCAAGUUGAGUGUUCACAGCCCUGUGCACAAUGUUUCGGACUAAAGUGCGCUUCCACACUUGCAAAGUUAUAUUAGUGACCUCACUGGUGUGGCUGCUGGUGUUUGUGGGGAUACUGACAUACUACUCAGACUGCACAGUCGGUGGCAAUGGUUGGGGAUGUGCAGUGCCAUCACACCCGCCUGCCGCUCCUGCGGCUCUUUCAGGCAGCAGUGUUGACUCGAGACAGGGGGCACAUGGAUUUGAGGCACUAGAACGAGGAGACCAUGCAGUGCAGCACAAGGAGUCCCAGCAGACUGAAGGUUUUGGACGGUACCCACUGUCGAAACUGAAGCGGUGGUGGCCAGCGGCUUCUGUACCAGAAGUGCACGGUUCACCAGGUGAGAGGGGGAAACCAGUGGUAGUGCCAUCAGAUCAAGAAGCUGUCAUGAAAGAGAAGUUCAAGCUGAACCAGUUCAACCUGCUGGCCAGUGACAUGAUCUCGCUGAACCGAUCCCUGACUGAUGUCAGACUAGAGGGGUGUAAAACAAAACAGUAUCCAGAGUUACUGCCGUCCACAUCAAUUGUCAUUGUCUUCCACAAUGAGGCCUGGUCAACUCUACUGCGGACAAUCUGGAGUGCUAUAAACAGGUCUCCUCGUGCCCUUCUGCAUGAAAUAAUUCUGGUCGAUGAUGCCAGUGAGAGGGAGCACUUAGGUCACCAGCUUGAGGAAUACGUAUCAAGGCUGCCUGUGCCAGUGAAGGUUCUACGCACAGACAAGAGAUCAGGCCUGAUCCGUGCCCGCCUACUGGGUGCCAAACAUGUCACGGGCGAGGUUAUUACAUUCCUGGAUGCACACUGUGAGUGCACCGAAGGCUGGCUGGAACCCCUUCUGGCUCGUAUCUCAGAGGACAGGAAAACUGUUGUUUGUCCAAUUAUAGAUGUCAUAUCUGAUGAGACUUUUGAGUACAUAACAGCCUCAGACAUGACAUGGGGAGGUUUCAACUGGAAGCUCAAUUUCAGAUGGUACCGGGUGCCUCAGAGGGAAAUGGACAGGCGGAGUGGAGAUCGCACUGCCCCCUUGCGGACACCAACAAUGGCAGGUGGAUUGUUUUCAAUUGACCGUGAUUACUUCUAUGAAUUAGGAGCAUAUGAUGAAGGAAUGGACAUCUGGGGUGGUGAAAAUCUGGAAAUGUCUUUCAGGGUUUGGAUGUGUGGAGGUAGCCUGGAGAUCGCAACAUGUUCCCACGUAGGCCACGUCUUCCGCAAGUCAACUCCUUACACAUUUCCUGGUGGUACCUCUAGGAUAGUGAAUCACAACAAUGCACGACUCGCAGAGGUCUGGUUGGACGAAUGGAAGGACUUUUAUUACAGCAUUAACCCAGGCGCAAGAGCAGUGGAUGUAGGUGAUGUGACAGAGCGAAAAGCUCUUCGAGAACGCCUGAAGUGCAAGAGCUUCCGAUGGUAUCUUGAAAAUAUAUAUCCUGAGUCCCAGAUGCCACUUGAUUACUACUACCUAGGAGAGGUGAGAAAUGCAGAAACGCAGAACUGUCUGGAUACGUUGGGACGGAAAGGAGGAGAGAAAGUUGGAAUGAGUUACUGCCAUGGUCUUGGAGGCAAUCAGGUAUUCGCGUACACGAAACGUCAGCAAAUUAUGUCUGAUGACAACUGCCUAGAUGCAUCGAGUCGCAAGGGACCUGUGAUGCUUGUCCGUUGCCACGGUAUGGGUGGUAACCAGGCAUGGGUUUAUCAUACACAGGAUCGGACAAUCAAGCAUGUGAACACGGGGCACUGCUUGUCAAAACCGGAUCCACGGGACCAGAGCCAACCUUUGCUGCUGCCAUGUGACGGUUCCCUUGGACAGCAGUGGAUAAUGAAGGGAAAGUUUCGCUGGCAGGCCUCGCGGUAGCGACAGUAGCAGGGAUGAAUCUGACACCACGCACAGGCUGCCCCCUGAUGCCUUCCAGUGUGUGCUACAAGCUUACACUAAAACUGAAAAAAUCCUACCUGCAGUCGGUACUCAUGGCAGAUCUGCAACAGAAAGAACAACAGUGAAAUAUUGACAGACGUACACCCUGCUGUUGCAGUAUUUCUGUUGACUGCCUGUGCAGCUGUUAUAUGUGCCUGAAGUAUUCUGACGUGUGAUGGUAAAUACUUAUGUUUUUACACUCCGUGUGUGCCUCAUCCUUCUCAGUUUAACUGGAUUGGAGACUGCAUUUUCUGAUACUCAAAAUUACAGAAGUGGUUUUGGAGGGGAAAAGACUUCUUAUGGCUGGAGUCUACAGAAGCUGUAUUUGACAAAUGGAUAUAAUAAAGAAUGGUGAUUUUCUGCAUCAUCAACAAUGUGCAAAGGAAACUGAUGACUGUGUAGCAGCACAAAGCCAGAAGCUCGUAGCAGUGGAAGGCCACUCCCUGCUCCAUAUCUAUUGAACAUUUUAAUUGAAAAUUUUGUACUUAAUAGCAUUGGGCAUUGGUAAUUCUACUGUCAACACAAUCUCAUUAUUAAAUGGAAAAUCUAAAGUGACAAAUACAAUUUAUAAUGUGACAAAAGGUGUGAAUAUUAAGAUUGAAUUUCAUGUUGUGUUAUUUAAUCUUCAUGAAUGAAAUGUGUGUGCCAAGUGCACUUUUCCACGAACAUAACAAAUAAAUUUAUGUGGGACUUGUUAUUUAUAUGCAAAUAUUAAUUAUUGAUCUGAUUGUUAAAAAUAACUAAAACAAACUUUCUAUUUCUGAGAUGUAAUCACUGGAACAGUAAUAUUCUGGUCAUACCUAAAAAGCAUAAAAUUGCUUCCUCCUGCACGUUCACUUUACAUUUUUUGGAAUUGAUAAGCUGUGUUGGGGAGGAAAAACGUGUCUGUCACAAAUUGUGUGGCAGAUCUGUAUUUAUGUUGUAAAAUAAUCUAUGCUGGGCUUCCACAUGUUUUGGGCGCAUUAUUACAGCAUAAAAGUUGUUCUAAAACUAUCCCUAAAUCUCGUCUGCAUGUGCUGGAGAAGGAAAUGUUUAAAACCUUUUACAUAAUUGUUUUAAAAAUUUGAUAAAUGUUCCUCCAUCAGUGAACUACAGCAGCAAAUUAGUUUGGUAUGGUUGAAUCUUGUAUUGGUUGAGAAAAAAUAAUAAUAAAAAUUGACGGGAAGCAAUAUUUUAAAUUUUAGUCAGAAUACAGACUGACUUUGAAACAUAUCAGUAAAAGUAGCAGUCAUUAUUGGUUACAACUGUGAAAUCUGUAUCUGUCAGCAAUAAAAGUUUUUGAAGAUUGUCAUAAACACUCUAAUCAAAUGAGCUGAGUUGAUAGCAUUGAAAAUUAGGUUCACUGACCAUAUUAAAGUAGAUAACAAGUCCUCUUAUCAGCUGUGACUCAGUUAAUACAUAUAAAGCAAAAUUUUGAAGCCACAUAAGUGUUAAAGGACAUAUAGAAAAUAACAGGCAGUGCCUAGAAACAGAAUGCUAAAUUUUAUAAAAUGUUUUAGAAACUGUGGCAGAGUCAAAAGUAAUGGAAUUCAGUUAUUGGGUACCUGUUAUCUAUGUAUUUGUUAACCUUUCUUGAUGCAAUAUUGUGGGACAUUUGCUCUUUUUUUUUAAUAUGUAGUUCACAUUCUGGUACUCUUUCUCCGUAUGCUAUUGUUCCUUACAACAAAGCUCAGAAUGCAAUAUUGUUUACUGUAUUGUAUGGUUGUCGAACUUCAUUAAUUCAGAUUCAAAUGCUAAAGUAGGUGCCCUUCAUCUAUCGAAAAUAAUUUGUUACUUAUAACUCCUGUACAGCUUAAGUGAAGGAUAUAUCUGUAAAUGUAAAAAGGUAUUUACAUCAACAUUGGUCAUAAGUAUUUGAAUAUUGUAAUGGAAAUGCCAUGGCUUUGUUUUGAUGGGCAGUGAUACUUAACUGAAGAAGUCCUCAUACCUCUUGCAUUUAAAUAUGGAUUGAAAUCCAAGUAUUAACACCAGAAAAUAUGUACAGAAUUAUUAGACUAUGGCAUGCAAAUAUACAACAUGAAAACAUUUAAUGCUCAGAAAAUAGAAUGUUGAAAACUGUUCCUUCAUUUGUGAUUAUCAACGAAGAUGGUCACUAAAGUGUCUGUGGAGAAUGGAUCUUGCCACAAAUGUUUCACUGCAGCCAGAACUGGGCACUCCACCGAACAGUUCCAUUAAGAACAAUGAAACUGUUGUUCAAAGUUCUUGUUUUCUGCAGUCACAGAUAAGUUAUUUUGCAAAGAACUUAGCUGAAAUUAUAGUGUAGUAUUCUUUUUUACUAUUUUUAUGGUUAUUUACAAAGACAGAUACACAAAUGAUAUAUUUUUUAAAGCUUACAUGUUACAGACUGUAAUGGUUGUUUUGUGAAUUUGGUAUGGAUGUCAGUAUUAUGUAAUACUUAUUUAAUUGGCCUGUU